AUGCCAAAACUCCUAAAAAACUUUGGGUUUUCAUCUCUUAGAAAGUUUUUAGCAGCCUACGAUAUUCCAGAUCUUCCAAACAUAGUAGAUAGGGUGUAUAUCAAGGCAGAUAGAAAGCCUUCAAUUUCCUCGUUUGACUGCAAAUUGAAGGAAAUAGAACUUAUAUCAAAGGCUAUCAGAAUGCUUUUGUCAAGAGACAAGGAAAACCAUCUAUGUGCGGGAUACAAAAGGUGGAGUUCUGGGCCUCACGAUUCAGACUUUAGAAUUUUAUGCUACUCACCCAGCGCCUCUUCAAAGAUACUUAGGUCACACGAGUGGAGCCAUUUGAUGAAGUCGAUUGGCGACGAGCUAGCUUUUUUCAUCCUCACGGAAUGUCUUGUGAUUCAAAUGUUAAAUGGUAGUUAUAUCUUUCUAGCAGGAGACUUCAAAAGCCUCAGCAAGAUGGCCAUUGAAAGGGGGAGCAACGCUAUAAAUAGGAGUGUAAUCUUUUACAAACAUAACCAGAAAAUAAGCUUUUCUUCACUUUCCGCUUUUGAAUAUGUUUUUGAAGCUCACAAUUCGGAAAAAUAUAAGACAAUACAGAGAGACACCAGAGAUAUACUAGAGAGUAUAGAAAAAAGAUGGAAAAAGAUUCCCAUUCACUCUAUGUUCAGGUCCUUUUUUAAGGACGAGUUGACUCUCGAGGGAAAGGGUAAUAUUUUGGAGUGUAGUGUCAAGCAGUCUAAGUUAGUGAACUUUUUGUUCCUCAUUUCAAAGAAACUGCUUAAAGAUGCCUUUGACUCCCAUGCAUUCAGAAUACUGAAAUCCAAGCUCUCUUUGUUGGUCCAUAGGAACCGCUAUGAAACAGUCAGCAAAAAUGAGAUAGCAAAGUACUUUAGAAUCUCUCGAUUCAAGUUCUUCCGGGCCUAUCGAUGUAGAAGAAGUGAAUUUAUUUUCAGGUCCAAGAUAUCCUCAAGAUUUCUUGUCUAUGUGAUGGAAAAGCUGAUGAUACCAAUAAUUUCAAGGCAUUUCCAUUCCACAGAAACUUCCUUUUCAAAGUUUAAGGUUCACUACUUCCCAAGACCUAUCUGGCAGCAUUUUUCCGAUAUUUAUAUCGAAAGGUUCUUGAAAAGGUUUGAGCAGGUUGAAGAGAACAAGACAUAUCCUUAUUCGGAGCUAAGAUGCAUUCCAAAGAUGAGUGGAGCCAGGGUUAUUUCGAAUAUGUCCAGAAUUAGAAAUGGGAGACCGUCGAUCAACAGGAAUAUAUAUCCUGAAUUCUGUGUUUUAAGAGAGGAGACUCGUGGAAUGCUUGGAAAUUCGAUUCUAAACCAUUCGGGAAUGUACGAAAAACUUAUUCCUUACUUGAUAAAGUCCACAAAACCUUUGUAUAUCCUAAAGGUAGAUCUUUCUGGUUGCUUUGAUAACAUUCCUCAGGAUGAAGUUGUGAACCUAGUGAAGAGACUACUUAGUAAAAGCCGGUAUUGCACAAGAAGCUUUUCUACACUAGGGGAGGCAAACGGGGAACUAAAGAACAGAUACGUAUGCAAAACAACUGAUGUUACAGAAGCCAUCGAUAGAUUGACUAUGGAGUCUAGUGUCUUUGGAAAUAGAAUAGUUAAGGAAAAUUCGAACCAAAGGAUUUUGAGCAGAGAAGAAAUUGAGGGAACCAUGAUAAACAUUAUCAAAAGAAACUAUGUAAGAUACAAAGGAAAGUUCUUUAUUCAGAAGACCGGGCUUGCCCAAGGGUGUGUGGCAUCUACUCUUUUAUGCAGCCUCUACUACAAGAGGAUCGAUGACCUUUAUUUUGACAAGGUCUUCAAAGAAGGCAUUCUUACAAGGUAUGCCGACGACUUUCUUGUGGUAUCUCCAUCCUUAGACGAAAUAAUGAAGUUUCUGGAAGUGUCUCAGUCCAUCUCGCACCUGGGGGUUAAUUUUAGUAAGGAGAAGAUAGAAUCAAACUUUGGUUUGGAAGAGUAUUUUAAAAAUACAUCCAACAUCUCCGAACUCUCCGAACAUAAGAACAAGAUGAAAAUAACCGACAAGCCCAUAAAGUGGUGUGGAACAAAGAUAUAUCCCAAUAAGUUUUCAAUUAAGUCGUGCACUAUGGAUCCAUAUCUUCCCUUUUCUACCGCUCAUAGCUCGACUAGGCCUGGAAAGGCUUUGGAGUUGAGGAUGAGAAAGUUGCUACGGAAUCGAAUGUCCAGAAUUUACAUAGACCCAAACAACAAAAAAGCAUAUGAAAACUUAUAUGAUACGUUUCUGUUCUGUGGGAAGAAGGCGUGCCUUCUUCUCAAAAGGAUGGAUUUUAUCAAUUGUUCUUUUGCUCAAAGGAUUCUUGAAUGUUCAAAACAUUUUGCCUUUAAGGUCUGUAGGAAGAAUGGAAUCUCCAUAACAAAGAAGAAGAUAGAGGACAUAGCCUCUAAGGCCUUCAAGAAGAGUGGCAUUAGCAAAGUGAUAAGUGCUUAG